AUGGAGAGAAAUGCAGCGGUGAGGAAGCCACACUCUUCCACCGCCGAUCUGUUGACGUGGCAGGAGGCUCCUCCUGCUGCCACUCCUCCCUCUGCCUCCUCCCACCGCCCUCACCAGCCGUCUGAUAAAAUCAGUAAAGUGCUGUUUGGAGGUCAGGUUUCUCAAGAAGAAGCAGAGAGUCUGAUGAAGAAAAAGCCUUGUUCAGGAUAUAAAUUAAAGGAGAUGACUGGCAGUGGCAUUUUUAAUGGUCAAGAUGGUGCAUCGGAGUCUGGUGGGGCUAAUCCUAAUAACAAAACUACAGUGCGAGUUUAUCAGCAAGCAAUGACUGGAAUGAGCCAAAUAUCAUUUAGUACUGAGGAGAGCAUCUCCCCUAAGAAGCCUACCUCUAUCCCUGAAGUGGCAAAGCAGCGUGAGUUAAGUGGGACAUUGCAAAGUGAGUCAGAUAUGAAGAGCAAAAAGCAAAUAUCAAAUGCUAAGUUCAAGGAGAUCAGUGGACAUGACAUUUUUGCUCCUCCUUCUGAAAUUGUUCCCCGAUCACUCGCUGCUGCACGCUCCUUGGAAUCAAAAGAAAACAAAGACAUCGUGGAACCUGCACCUCGAAGCAUUCGUACAUCUGUCAAAGUUUCAAAUCCUGCUGGAGGUCAGAGCAAUAUCUUGUUUGGCGAAGAACCAGUUGUGAAGACAGCAAAGAAAAUACACAACCAGAAGUUUCAUGAGUUGACUGGCAAUGAUAUUUUCAAGGGAGAUGUUCCUCCGGGAUCUGCUGAAAAACCAUUAAGCACAGCAAAACUGAGAGAAAUGAGCGGCAGCGACAUCUUUUCUGAUGGAAAGGCAGCAUCCAGAGAUUAUCUUGGUGGUGUUCGCCAGCCCCCUGGUGGUCAGAGCAGCAUUUCAUUAGUAUAA